UGAACGCAUCCUUAGCUGGGAAUCCUGAGAUGAGCGGUGGGAGCCCCGUGCCUCGUGAAGCUCUUGAAUGUUGUAACAAAAGAACAUCAGUAACUGAUCAGUAACCACCGCUCCUGGCGCCGUUCACUUGCUUGUGUUGCUUAAUUGGUGUUGCUAAGGUCACUGUUUCUGAUUGUUUUUGCAAUCGCAGUACUCAGCAUCUUUAAUUCAUACGUUGAAAAGUUAUUUAGUUCGUAAAUAAGCACCCUUGAUCUGCCAUCAUCGUUUGAGCGGUGCAGAUAUCUCAUCAAAUUAUAUCUUGAACAGAACUUAAAAUCGAUCAAGUUUCAUCAAGAUAGCGGAAAACAAACGUAAUGGCAUCGAAAGAAAUUUCUGAUGAAAAAGAAGUUGAAAAUAAUGUGAGUCUCCCACAAAAGAAGCAGACAACGUCUUCAUUUUUACCUUCGUAUUCCAAAAGUUAUUCUGAGACAAGCAUAGAGAUGAUUAAAUUUGACUAUACAUGGACAAUUAAAAAUUUUAGAUAUUUAUGUGAUAAUUUAAAAAUAUUAAAGUCUCCAUCAUUUCCAAAAAAUAAUCAAUAUAUGAUUCAAAUGGAGCUUCCACUUAAUUUUCCCAACUUACAAAACUACAAUAAUCAACGACUAUAUGUAAUAAAGUUAUAUUUACUUACUGCUGAAUCAUUUAACGGUACAUGUACUACAACUAUAUCGCGUGCGCGUACCAUAGGUUCAUCAAAUUCUAUUUCGGGUUGUAUGUCAAAUAUGAAAAUGUUAUGUGAAUAUUCGUUUUAUGAGCCUUUUUCUUAUACAGAUUCACUUACAAUUUAUUGUAAGUUUCAAAUUUGUUAUAAUUUGAAAAAUACUUCUAUAAAUACAUAUGACUUAUCACCUCCAACAGUAUCAAAAGAUUUAAAAUCUCUUGAAGACUCCACUUGUGACAAGAUUAAAAAUAAAGAAUCCAUCACACUUAUUUUAUCAAAUACAAAAACCUAUAAUAUAUCAAAAAAAUUGUUGUGCGAUGCCAGUAAUUACUUUAAAAAUAUAUGUAUCAUGCAUGAGGUAGAAGAAAAAGAUUUAACAAAGGAAUUAAAUGCGACGGAUAUGCCAAUUUUCGAAAAAAUGUUAUUUAUUAUAAUUGGCAUACAAACAGUAGAAUUGUAUGAUUAUUGUACGGUUACACAAUUAUUAUCAAUGGCUGUUAAGUAUGAUGUACAAACUGUAAAAUCAUCAUGCGAAUAUUAUUUGCUAAGUCACAUUAAUAUUAAUAAUGCCUUAGAGCUUAUGCAUCUUACGAUUUCGUCUUAUGCAAAAUUGUUAGAAACGCAUUUGAUCAUUUUUAUUAAGCUUCAUAUGAAAGAAAUUUUGAACCCUGAAAACUUAAAUGAUAAAAGCAAAAUAAUGCUAAAUAAGAUAAUGAAAGUAUUAGAAAAAUAUGACACAUUCCAAAAACAUGAAACCAUUACUCACUUUAAUUUACUAACAGUAGAAUCGCAUGAUGAUUGUUAAUACCAUAAUGGAUAAGAGAUAUUUAUAUCUAUUAAUAUUUGAUUCAUAUAAUAUUGCAGUCUUAGACUGUAAACUAACAAAACAUGAUAAAAGUAUAUUUCUCAUUUAAUUAUGAACAUUUUUCUUUUUUUACAAAUAUAAUUUUUAAUUGUUAUAUGCGACAAUUUAUAUGCUAAUUACUAUUAAUACAUACUAAAAGAAAUUCAUGAUUUGAUAUAUAUGAAUGAAACUUAUUAGUUAUGUUUAACAUGAUAUAUGUGUACAAGUUGAUUUAAAAUAAAAGAAUUCUUACAUAUAUCAACUACAGAUAUUUAAAUUUCUAUUAGUACUAUAGAAGUAAAAAUGUUCAGUUAUUUUUCUUUAGACCAUCUUGUGUCUGUGUAGAGUUAGAAUCUUUAGCAAUUAUAAGAAAGUGAGUUUUUGUUAUUAAUUUGAUACACAAACAUGUAAUAAGACACACAAUAUUCAGAUCAAAAAAAUAUAGCUCACAUAAAAAUUACAUCACUUUUUGGUAUUGUUUCCGUAAAUUCCGUAAAUUCAAAAUCAAAUUCAAGUACAUCAGUUUUCGGCAUUCCUGUAAAUUCAAAAUGAAAUUUAAAUUAUAAUAAUGAUUUAUUUGGUUCAGGCUCACAUAAAAGUACACUAUCUUUUGAUAUUUCCCUAAAUUCUGUGAAUUCAAAAUUAAAUUCAAAUGCACAUAUCAGGCUCAUUUUCAGAUACAUUGUAUAGUAAGCUACAAAUUUGAAGUUUAUCAACAAGUGUUGUGUAAUAUUUUAUGAAUUUAUUACCAUCUUUAACAAUAUUAAAACUUUUUAAAAAUUCAACCCUCGACGAGUUUGACUUUAUGAAUGAAAAAUUAAUUAAAUUUAUACUCAAGAAAGAACAAUAUGUUAUUGCGAAAAAAAUUAUUGCGUGCUUCUGACAGUAACUACUUUAAGAAUAUAUAUAUUUAUGUCUUACAUAUAAGGGAGUAGAAAAAGAUAUAACAAGUAAAUUAAAAAUAAACAAUGAAAUAGAAGCUUUUAAACAGAUUUUAUUAUUUAUUAUAACUGGUUCACAAUUAGUAGAAUUAUAUGAUUAUAAUACGCUUAAAAAGUUAUUAAUAACAGCUGAUAAAAAUAUAAUGUACCAACCUUAAAAUUAACGUAUGAACAUUAUUUGUUGCGCAAAAUUAAAAAUGCUGUUGAACUUAUGCAACUUACUUUAUUGUACAAUGCAAAAUUUUUAGAAAUGGAUUCAGUAAAGUUUAUCAAAUUUCAUAUAAAAAAAAUUGUGAAUACUGAAGAAUUUAAAAAUCUGUCGCAAAAAGAUUCAAAUAAGAUAAUGGAAUCAAUUGAGGAAGUCAACCCUCAGAAAUAUUUUUUCACCGCCAAUAACAAAUAGGAUAUUUACAUUAAUCAAUUUGAUCUAUGCAAUAUUGCUAGUAGAUAUUAAUGAAUACUGUAUGAUAACAUUUUUUUCAUUUAUCUAAUACUUUUUUUACUACAAUUAUAUUAUAAUUUUUAAUUUUUAUAUAAA